AUGUCUGCGAGACUCUGCUUGCCACCAAUGGGAAAUUGGUCCUCGUUGAAGAAUGCAGUACACUCGUGUUUGGCUUCGUUACUUCUUGCAUUCGACUUGUUUUGGAGCGACAAGUUGGAGCACCCAACCCCGUCAGAACCACUUUGGCCAACCAUUGGCUUUGUCAAACUUACCAAAGUCAGAGCUGCUGCGUUUGCCAAUGCAACAUCUAUCGAUCCACAUCCACCUGUAGCCGUCCUCCAAGGCUUGUUCACAACCCUUCAAGAUCUUCUCAUAGUCAACACACUGCCUGAUCUCGCCCUUGUCAUGAUCAUCCUCCAUGCGCCUAGUCAUCUCAUCACUGUCGACCUCCUCUCCCCAACGAUGUGA